AUGAAAGUUUUCCAAUUAUUUCGAAUUCAAUCAAUAUAUGACAUAACAGUUGGUCGUAAAAAGAGCGAAGCCGAAUCGACAUUUCUUAUUAUAACACAAGGACGUUCUGGUCAAGCUGAAGUGUAUAUUAGAUCUAUUCCUGUUUCUGCAAUACCAACAGAUAUGGAAGGAUCGAGCAAUUGGGUUCAUCAGUUCUAUCGUGAUAAAGAUGAAAUAUAUGAUUAUUUUGUUCAACAUGGAACUUUGAAAGACUAUGGGUUACCUCGAAUUGAAAUUCCACAUAAUUAUUAUGCUUGA